AUGGAUAGUUCUUAUGCUACGGUUUAUGAAUUGUUGGAUAAGUUGACCGAGACUAAUGAAGCUUGGCAUAAUAAGGAGUCGGAAGUAGGUGGAGGAAGUUCCUUAAAAAAUGUGCUCACUCGUGAGAUGGUUAAGAAGGAGGAAGAGAGAGAUGAAUCUAUGGCAAAACUUGUCACCCAAAUGGACCUUCUUACAAAACAUGUCAUGGGUGGUGAAAGCGAAAAGGUGAAUGCGGUAGGAUCUUGUGAAGGGGGUUCUCCGGAUGAGCAAUGCUUCCAAAUGUAUGAUAAGGAGGCAAGUUAUAUCAAUAAUCAAAGGGAGGGUUCCCAGCCAAACUACCAAGGUCCUAAUCAAGGAUCUUGGAGGCAAGGUCAAGAGAAGCAAGGUUCAAACAAGGAUCAAGGUAACUCUAGUUGGAAAGAUAGUCGUGAUAACAACCAAAGGGGUUACAACAAUUAUCAGAGUUCGAAUCCGUAUGUCCCUCCAAAGGGGAAUCAACAAAUCUCUAGUCAACCACCUACUAGCGAUCCCGUUAGUUCAAAAAUUGAAGAUAUGUUGUUAAGAGUGUUGAAAAAAGUGAAAUACACCUAUACUUUUUGCAAGGAAACAAGAGAUGAAGUGAAAUCCAUAGGGCAAGUGGGACUCUUAAUCAAUAUUCCAUUGGUCAAGGCACUUGAGCAAAUGCCCGGUUAUACAAAGUUCAUGAAAGAUCUAGUGACCAAAAGAAGGAGUUCUGGCCUUGAAACAAUGGGAGGCACUCAUCAUUGUAGUGCAAUUGUUACCAAAGCUUUGGUACAAAAGAAAGAAGACCCCGGAGCCUUCACAAUUCCAUGCACAAUCGGUAAAUACAAGUUUGCAAAAGCUUUAUGUGAUCUUGGAGCAAGCAUCAAUUUGAUGCCGCUUGCUAUAUUCAACAAGUUGGGUUUGGGCACUCCCCUUCCCACUACUAUGAGAUUACUUAUGGCGGAUAGAACCAUGAAGAGGCCCGUUGGCAUUCUUUAUGAUGUACUUGUGAGAGUGGACCGGUUUUGUAAUACCUCGUACCUUCGGGUUAAGGUUUGA